UAACAAUCACGAAAGUGAUUUGUGAGUUGUUCCGUGUGUCGAUGGUUUUUACAUAAACUUCUAUUAAAAAGAAGAAUAUCUAGGAAGUAUCAGAAUUUGGAAACAUCUUUCAAAACUUCUAAAUGGCUACACUCGAAGAUAAAUCCAUUUGGGAAGAUGGCGAAGAAACUUUGGGAGAAGAUGUCCUGCGUAUGUCAACAGAUGAAAUUGUGUCACGCACGCGAUUACUGGACAACGAAAUCAAGAUAAUGAAGAGCGACGUGAUGCGCAUUUCUCACGAGCUUCAAGCACAGAAUGACAAAAUCAAAGAAAACACAGAAAAGAUCAAAGUCAAUAAGACUUUGCCAUAUCUGGUAUCUAAUGUUAUUGAACUGUUGGAUGUAGAUCCUGAAGGUAUGGGAGAAGAAGAUGGAGCAGUGGUAGACUUGGAUGCGCAAAGAAAAGGCAAAUGUGCUGUCAUUAAGACAUCCACUCGUCAGACGUACUUCUUGCCUGUAAUCGGUCUUGUGGAUGCUGAAUCAUUAAAACCUGGUGAUCUGGUAGGUGUCAACAAAGACAGUUAUCUUGUGCUGGAAACUCUGCCAGCUGAAUAUGAUGCCAGAGUCAAAGCAAUGGAGGUAGACGAAAGGCCUACAGAACAAUAUUCUGAUAUUGGUGGUUUAGAUAAACAGAUUCAGGAAUUGAUCGAGGCUGUUGUGUUGCCCAUGACACACAAAGAAAAAUUUGAAAACUUAGGAAUUCAGCCUCCUAAAGGAGUUUUGCUUUAUGGUCCACCUGGAACAGGAAAAACUCUGCUAGCUCGUGCCUGCGCCGCACAGACAAAAUCUACUUUUUUAAAACUAGCUGGACCUCAAUUAGUUCAGAUGUUCAUUGGUGAUGGCGCAAAACUGGUCAGAGAUGCGUUCUCGUUGGCCAAGGAGAAAGCGCCGGCGAUAAUAUUUAUCGAUGAAUUGGAUGCCAUUGGCACAAAGCGUUUUGAUUCAGAGAAGGCAGGCGACAGAGAAGUACAACGCACCAUGUUGGAACUAUUGAAUCAAUUAGAUGGUUUUAGCUCAACUGCUGAUAUCAAAGUGAUUGCUGCUACAAACAGAGUAGACAUUCUAGAUCCGGCACUGCUGAGAUCUGGACGUUUGGACAGAAAGAUCGAAUUUCCACAUCCCAACGAAGAGGCGAGAGCGCGCAUUAUGCAGAUUCAUUCACGCAAGAUGAACAUGUCGCCUGACGUGAAUUUUGAAGAAUUGUCCAGAUCUACGGAUGAUUUCAAUGGAGCACAGUGCAAAGCUGUUUGCGUAGAAGCGGGUAUGAUAGCAUUACGGCGAAAUGCAACGGAAGUUACUCAUGAAGAUCUAAUGGAAGCAAUCAAUGAGGUUCAAGCAAAAAAGAAAGCAAAUCUGAAUUACUAUGCUUAAUAUAUUCUAUCAUUAAGUAUUUAUUAAGAUAUACUCUUAUAAAAAAUGUUAAAGUAAAAAUCUUUUACCAUCAUA